AUGCAGGCCUUCUCCAGACAGAUGCGGCCAGGCUCCGCCGUCCUGCGCCAGCUCUCCAAGCGCACCUACAGCUCCUCCUCGUCCCCCUACUCCAAGACCAUCGACAACCUCCGCAUCAACUCGGAGACAAAGGUCCUCUUCCAGGGCUUCACCGGAAAGCAGGGAUCUUUCCACGCCGAGCAGGCUAUCGCCUAUGGCACGAAGGUUGUUGGUGGUACCAACCCCAAGAAGGCCGGCACUACGCACUUGGAUCUCCCCGUCUUCGGCACUGUCGCUGAGGGUGUCAAGGAGACUGGUGCCAAUGCUACUGCUCUCUUCGUCCCCCCCCCGCUUGCCGCUGCCGGUAUCGAGGAGGCCCUGAACGCCGAGGUGCCCCUCGUCGUCUGCAUUACUGAGGGUAUUCCCCAGCACGACAUGGUUCGCAUUACCGACAUGCUCAAGACCCAGGACAAGACCCGUCUCGUCGGCCCCAACUGCCCCGGCAUCAUCGCCCCCGGCCAGUGCAAGAUCGGCAUCAUGCCCGGCUUCAUCCACAAGCGCGGCCGCAUCGGUAUCGUCUCCCGUUCCGGUACUCUGACCUACGAGGCCGUCAACCAGACCACCCAGGCCGGCCUGGGUCAGUCUCUCGUUGUCGGCAUUGGCGGUGACCCCUUCAGCGGCACCAACUUCAUCGACUGCCUCAACGUCUUCCUCAAGGACCCCGAGACCGACGGCAUCAUCAUGAUUGGUGAGAUUGGUGGCUCGGCCGAGGAGGAUGCCGCCGACUUCCUCAAGGAGUACAACACUGCCAACAAGCCCGUCGUUAGCUUCAUUGCCGGCAUCAGCGCUCCUCCUGGACGCAGAAUGGGUCACGCUGGUGCCAUCGUCUCUGGUGGCAAGGGCGGCGCCGACUCCAAGAUCAAGGCCCUCGAGGAUGCCGGUGUGAUUGUCGAGCGCUCCCCUGCCAGCCUGGGCCGUGCCCUGCGUGAGGAGUUCGUCAGACGCGACCUCCUAUAA